GUCUAGCAAGCUUUCUUUUAUUACUAUUUCUUCUUUGCACAGGUAUCUUGAGAAGCGAUCGCCCAGGAGAAGGGUUAUGAACAAUUUCAAUAUUUACGGCUACAACUCCUUUGCUUCUAUUCAAGAAUAUUUGGAAGACGUAGCGAGAAGGCAUUCCGAUAUUGUAAAACUUCAACCUCUUGGUAACAGCUACCAAGGACGAACAGUAAAGUUGGUGAAGAUAUCAAAGAAUCCAAACGCUGGGAAUCCGAUUAUAUUCAUAGAUGCUGGCAUUCAUGCUCGUGAGUGGGCAGCUCCCGCAAUGGCACUGUACAUAAUCCACAGAUUAACUAACCAUCCCGACGGCCGACGAAAAGAACUGGAAGGAGUGGAUUGGUACAUUCUUCCCGUCGUUAACCCUGAUGGGUACGAAUUCACACGAUCAAGCAAGGCGAAUCGCUUAUGGAGAAAAACAAGGUCAAAAACAAGUACCAAUUGUUUAGGAGUAGACGGAAACAGAAACUAUGGAUACAAAUGGGCUGUCAGUGGUGUUUCUAAAGAUCCAUGCAAUAAGGAAACUUAUGCCGGCCCGAAGCCUUUUUCCGAACCCGAAACUCGGAUGGUCAGAAACGUCAUGAUGCAGUAUGGCCAACGAAUGAAAUUAUAUGUUUCACUACAUUCAUAUGGGCAAUACUUAGUGUAUCCAUGGGGUUACACUGGAGAUUUCCUUCCGAAAGAAUGGCAAAAACUGGACAAAAUGGCAAAAAGAGUAUCGGCAGCCGUUCAAAGUGCGGGUGGAGCGCCCUUUAAGGUCUUGAGCGCUGGAAAAUGGUAUGCUGCUGCUGGAGGUAGUGAUGAUUUUGCAUUUGGGGCGAUCGGUGUCCCGUAUUCUUAUACAAUGGAAUUAACUGAUGGUUAUGAAUUCGUAUUCCCAGAAUCCCUCUUGCGUAUAGUUUUGCCACAAUUUUAUGAAGGUUUCAAAGAGUUUGGUACUCAAAUAAAAAGGGAAUUCAAACCGAUGGAACAUUUCCGGGUAAAAAACACUUCUACAUCUGAUUCUAACGAAGACUGAAUAUACUUUACAUGAAUUUUGACAAAAUAAUAGUUUACAAAUAAAUUAUUCUGAAAACUCUUGUGUAUAUGAAAUCGAUUUCCAUUAAUAUGUAUGCGAGUUUUAUCUUGACGUAUAGUUUUUAUGACUGACAUAUUGCCAUAAAAUUUACGUACUACAAGGUUUUUUUUUAUUUUAACCGAGAAUUUCAAUAUAUUUAUUUGUACUGCAUUGGCAAUAGUUAUGUAUUAUUUAAAAGUAACUCUACUAUUUCUUUUAAAUGGUAUGAAGUGUAAGAAAGGUAGUAGUAGACAAUUAAUAAAGUUAAUAU